CUCGCUUUUUUGCAGUAGCCAAUAGGGCAGUAGUGAAGUCAAUAGAGCAGUAGUAUCUGCAGCUAAAGCGCCGUGGAGGAGGAUGAGGCAAACACUCAAGUCACCGCACGUUCUCCUGGUACUUCUGGUUCACCAAGCCUUCGCUGGUGCUACUGUCAGUGGUUCUGGUGACCAGCCUAGCACCAGGGAAGGCAACACUCAAUGUAGCCAACUAAACCAGAAACUAUCACAGUGUGCCAACGUCUUUCAAAGAAAUGUACAAGUCUUUGCCAACACCACCUCUUUACCGACCGACGCACUUGUACUGUCACCCCAUCUGGACGCAGGCAAAGUCAAUGAGACUUGUAGGAGUGUUGUGACUGCCUGGGAAUGCUAUUACAGCUACCCUCCCUGCCACUCUGCCAGAGACGCACACUCACAGCUACCAGUCUGCUCCCAACAGUGUAUGGAAUUGUCCAAACUAAUGACCGAGUGUUACCUCAGCUAUGAAGCUGUACUUGGUAAUAUCAGUGGUGAUGUGGAUACCCUCCUGACUGAGCUACUGGUGUUUGUCGAAGAACUAAACUGCUCCGAUCCCGACAGUUUUAAGCUCACUCGACUCCCCGUGAACCAGAAUGGAUGCACAGCUCUCUACUUGACUUCGACUGGACAAGUCUUCAACAAGCUGCCAGAGAUCGUUGUACUGUGUCUGAUAGUGGGUGCCGCCAUCUGUCUCAUUUCUCUACUGUUACUGAUACUCUGCGUUGUCGUUGUGUGUCUGCGGAGAAAGAGAAGAAACAGCAAAUCACGAGUAGCCUGCAGCCAGCAGCCAAACAAUGUGACUACCCUGAGGAGACUGGACUCACCAAAUCCUUCAGCCACCAUUGAGAGAUUCCCUUCCUCUGAAGAAGUGAACGUAAGGAGUGAUGUUCAAGUGGCAAAAAUGAUAACGGACCGCAAGAGAAGGCACUAUGUCUCGCUCUACACAGGUUCCUUCAUACCUUACCAACACCUUGAACUGCACAGCCUCAUUGGAGAAGGUGCAUAUGGGAAAGUGAGUGAGGGAGUGUGGAAAGAUCCGUCAACUAAGAUUGAGAAGAGAGUUGCUAUCAAGACACUCAGAAGUUUCUCCUCUGAACAACAGCUAAACACGCUGUUCACAGAGAGCAGAGCAAUGCGGGACUUUGACCAUCCCAACGUCAUGAAGUUCCUUGGCAUGUGCUUCGAUGCCCCAGAAGGCUAUCCUUACAUCAUCCUGCCGUUCAUGGCCAAUGGAAGUCUACUUGACUACCUCAAGAAGAAGACCAGUAGUAGCACUCCAGUCAGCUCUGUUGGGGGAUAUCCAGAGGGGCUGGAGCUGGAGGUUCUAUUCCAGUUCUGUGUGGAUGUGGUGGAUGGAAUGACUUACCUCAUUCAGCAGAAGUUUGUACACAGAGACCUGGCAGCAAGAAAUUGCAUGGUCAGCGACACAAAGACCAUUCUGAUAGGAGAUUUUGGCCUGGCAGAGGACCUGUACAGUAGGGACCAGAAACAGUGCGAAGUGAGACUCCCACUCAAAUGGAUGCCUCCUGAAUCUCUCAGAGAUGGUGUCAGUAACGAGAGAACCGAUAUGUGGUCAUAUGGAGUGACAUGUUGGGAGAUGUUCAGUCUGGGUCGCAGUCCCUAUCCUGGUAUUGAGAAUCACGAGAUACUCCAGCACAUCUCCUCUGGAGGGAGACUCAAAAAACCAACUCUCUGUCCUGACAAACUAUAUGAGAUAGUGGGAGCUUGCUGGCAGUACAAUCCCCGAGAUAGACCGUCUUUCGAAGAAAUGGCACUAACACUUAGGCAAUUCUGGAAAACAUUUCAACCACAACUCACCACUUAAGCACACACUGCUCUUGUAAUAAUUAUUAUUCUGACAGUCCCAGCUAACAAAUCUCCACACAAAAUGAUCAUAGCAACUAACUGUCAUCGUUUUAGUGUUUUAGCACGGCUCCAGCUAUAAUAAAUCUAUUUGUUUCGGAUCCUCAAGUCAUCGGUAGGGGUGUGGCACAGUUCACUGGCAGAGUCUCUUGUCUUUGUAACAGCGCUCCGUUAUCAGGCAAAACGAGGACACCUAGACAUGUGUCUUUGAAUCUUCUCACUUCACCUUCCUCUGUGUGAUGGCCUAGGAAAAGUUCCUUGUAAAACUCUUUGCAUAGCUCUGCUGAUUCAGGUAUUGUACCACAGAUAUCCACGGUACCACUGCAGUUAGAAACAUUGUGUUUGUUUCCUCCAUCAUAGUUAUAGUGUAUCUGACCCUCAUUUGCAUUGUAAACAAAGACAGUGCUGCAUGAUACUGUACUGUCAUUUGUUAUUGGCUGGUUAGUAAACGUUUCUUGCAGGCAAACUCCAAUGCCCUUGUUGUUAAUGAUGGUCGAUGCGUUCACGACGAUCUGCUCUUGGGGAUAAGUCCUAUAGAUGCUCAACUGCUUGUUUGGGUCGAGGAAAAAGGUUUCUUUGAUAAAAUCUUGGUUCUUUGCCAGUACUAUAGCCGUUGUACUGAUGACUAUAGUGAGACUGCAUACAACCAUCAGGAUCACGGUGUGGCAAACAACGCAACACUUCAUCUUACAGCAUUUGAAAGCAUAGAGCUGUCGCUUUUGAAACUUUGAAUCCACGUUCUCCGACUCUGCAAGUUCCACUUCUUUCUCCUUCAUUUUCCUUCUCAUUUCUUCAGAGUCUGCUACUAGUUCCUUUGUCGUUGUUGUUGUGGGCUGCCGUGUUGACUUUGUUCUUGCA